UUGUGGCAAGAUGCUCUCCUGCUACUGAGCGUGUAGCCUACUAGCUAACGAGAUUGCCGUCAACGGAACGUAUUGAAAAAUAUAUAAAAGCAAACCAUGAACUUAACAUGACCAAGAUACCACUCCAGCAGUUUAUUCUAUCUGUUGCCUAAUAAACGAACCUUUGACACGGAGUCUACUUUUUGUUGUGUUUUUUUUUUUUGUUCACUCUUCAAAGAGGAAUUAGCCGUAUGCUUGCUAGAGGGCGGUGGCAUUUCGUUCUACAUUGCAUAGCAGACUGGGCAAGUGCUUUGACACAAGUCCUGGGACCCCUUUAACCUGUUUUCAUUUUUUUUCUUUUUCCCAUUUUCGCUGUUUUCCCCCACCCAUCAUCUCAAGUCCCUAGAAAUUUACCAGGAAAGAACUAUCAGCGACUGCUUCGACUUCAGAAUUGUUUGGACGCCUCCUGUCAUUUAAAGAACAGCGGAUAUCGCCGAGCAGUUUGUUUCUUCAGAGAAUGGGGAAAAGUGAACAGUUUGCGAAAACACGAAUAGGACUCGCGGGAUACUUACUGCAAAUGUGCACCAUACCUGGGUUCCUGCUGCUGGUGCUGUUCAGCGUCGGAGCCGCGCAAGUGGACGAUGACUUCCUGGGGCUGGGGGAGCUGCCCGAAACGUUCCCUUCCGACCCCCCGGAACCCCUCCCCCACUUCCUGAUGGAGCCCGAGGAGGCCUACAUCGUCAAGAACAAGCCCGUCAACCUGUACUGCAAGGCCACCCCCGCCACGCAGAUCUACUUCAAGUGCAACAGCGAGUGGGUCCACCAGAAGGACCACACCGUGGAGGAGCGUGUGGAUGAGACCUCAGGUCUGGUGGUUCGGGAGGCCAGCAUCGAGAUCUCGCGGCAGCAGGUGGAGGAGCUCUUUGGCCCAGAGGACUACUGGUGCCAGUGCGUGGCCUGGAGCUCCGCCGGCACCACCAAGAGCCGCAAGGCCCACGUCCGCAUCGCAUACCUCAGGAAAACAUUUGACCAGGAGCCACUGGGGAAGGAGGUGUCACUGGAACAGGAAGUUCUUCUGCAGUGCCGUCCGCCCGAGGGGAUCCCCGCAGCUGAGGUGGAGUGGCUGAAGAACGAGGAGAUCAUCGACCCCGCCGACGACCGGAACUUUUACAUCACCAUCGACCACAACCUGAUCAUCAAGCAGGCGCGUCUCUCCGACACGGCCAACUACACCUGCGUGGCCAAGAACAUCGUGGCCAAGAGGCGGAGCACCACGGCGACCGUCAUCGUCUACGUGAGCGGCGGCUGGUCCACCUGGACGGAGUGGGGGGUGUGCAGCAGCCGGUGCGGACGGGGGCACCAGAAGCGCACCCGCAGCUGCACCAACCCGGCCCCUCUCAACGGGGGCGCCUUCUGCGAAGGGCUGGCCAUCCAGAAGCUGGCCUGCACCUCCCUUUGCACGGUGGAUGGGGUCUGGACAGAGUGGAGCAAAUGGUCCACUUGUGGGACAGAGUGCACCCACUGGAGACGGAGGGAGUGCAACGCCCCGGCCCCCAAAAACGGGGGAAAGGACUGCGAUGGCAUGGUGCUGCAGUCUAAGAACUGUACAGAUGGGCUGUGUAUGCAAAGUUCAUUAUAUCAGAUGUCUUCAGAACCAAAGGUCAAGAGUGAUUUUGGAUUUUCAUCCGCGCCCAGCACGGAUGACGUGGCGCUGUACGUUGGCAUCGUCAUCGCCGUCAUCAUGUGCCUGGUCAUCUCCGUCAUCGUGGCCCUCUUUGUCUACCGCAAGACCCACCGCGACUUCGACUCUGACAUCAUCGAUUCCUCCGCGCUCAAUGGAGGCUUUCAGUCGGUCAACAUCAAAACGGCUCGGUCAGCGGACCUCCUGACCGCGCCCCCCGACCUGACCUCGGCGGCGGCCAUGUACCGCGGGCCCGUCUACGCCCUGCACGACGUGGCCGACAAGAUCCCCAUGACCACCUCGCCCCUGCUGGACCCCCUGCCCAACCUCAAGAUCAAGGUCUACAACUCGUCUGGCCUGGUCACGCCCCAGGAGGAUGGCUCAGACUUCACCUCCAAGCUCUCGCCCAAGGUCACGCACUCCCUCCUGGACAGCGAGACCAUGAACCUGCGCAACCAGAGCCUGGCUCGCACCCGCGACCCCUCCUGCACCGCCUUCGGGUCCUUCAACUCGCUGGGAGGACACCUCAUCGUGCCCAACUCAGGCGUGAGCUUGCUGGUCCCCGCGGGGGCGGUCCCUCAGGGCCGGGUGUAUGAGAUGUAUGUGACGGUGCACAGGAAGGACAACAUGAGGCCCCCUGUGGAGGAUGUGCAGACUGUUCUGAGCCCGGUGGUGAGCUGUGGGCCGGCCGGGGCCCUGCUGACCCGCCCGGUCAUCAUCACCAUGCACCACUGCGCUGAGGCCGACAGCCAAGACUGGCAGAUCCAGCUGAAGAGCCAAUCACAGCAGGGCCUGUGGGAGGACGUGGUGGUGGUAGGCGAGGAGAAUUUCACCACGCCCUGCUACAUCCAGAUGGACGUGGAGGCGUGCCACAUCCUGACAGAAACCCUGGGGACCCACUGCCUGGUGGGCCAGUCAGUCAGCAAGGCCGCCGCCAAGAGGCUGAAGCUGGCCGUCUUUGGGCCCGUAUCCAGCACCUCUCUGGAGUAUCACAUCCGAGUUUACUGCCUAGACGACACCCAGGACGCUCUGAAGGAGGUUCUGCAGAUGGAGAAACAGAUGGGGGGGAAGCUUCUGGAUGAACCAAAGACGCUGAGCUUCAAGGACAGCAGCCACAACCUGCGGCUCUCCGUCCACGACAUCCCACACACUCUGUGGAAGAGCAAGCUGCUGGCCAAGUACCAGGAGAUCCCGUUCUAUCAGGUGUGGAGCGGUUCCCAGCGCACCCUGCACUGCACCUUCACCCUGGAGCGCUUUAGCUCCAGCACGGCUGAGCUCACCUGCAAGCUGUGCGUCCGUCAGGUGGAGGGAGAGGGGCAGAUAUUCCAGCUCAACAGCACUUUGUCCGAGGACACUCAGAGCAUCGACACCUCUCUGAUGGACCCUGCCAGCAACAUCACCACCCUGGUGGGGCCCGGGGCCUUCCGCAUCCCCCUGUCCGUCCGUCAGAAGCUCUGUGGGAGUCUGGACGCCCCGCAGACACGCGGGAACGACUGGAGGAUGCUGGCGCACAAACUCAACCUGGACAGGUACCUGAACUACUUUGCCACCAAGUCGAGCCCGACGGGUGUGAUCCUGGACCUGUGGGAGGCGCAGCACUUCCCCGACGGAAACCUGAACCGACUGGCCGCCGUGCUGGAGGAGAUGGGUCGUCACGACAACACCGUACCCACCAUGACGGAACACUGACAGCGCUAGGCAACCGGUCCGCAACCGACGGCAACGCCACGCGGCCGCACCCCUCCGAGCGUACGUCAAAGACGUCGAAGUGGUGAAAUAAAGAAACGGAAAAAUAAAACGCUGAUCAGGUGACUGCCGUGCCGGCAACUCAUUUUUCAAAUAACAACAGCGACGACAACUAAAAAAAAAAUACAAAAAUAAAAAUACUAAAACGGACGGCGAUACGAAACAACCACAGAAAAAGCGGAUCUUCUCGUUAGCCUUACCUGUACGUUCCUUGGUACAGUUUCUUGUUUUUUCUUUAUACAGUUUCCUAGGAAACGCCUUAUUCCGCCGUCCAUGUUAUGUGGAUGACCUCCUACACCGGACAUUGUUGCGUGUAGGAUACUC